AUGAUCCCUACUGAAAAGAUCGCUCAUGGCCAGAACGAGCACAUCUCAGCUGCGGAUGCAGAGUUCCUCGCGGGCUUCACCGAUGAGCAAAGAAAGCGAGUCUUGCGCAAGGUCGACUGGAGAUUGGUACCGAUGCUUCUAAUUCUGUAUUUGAUCUCAUUCAUCGACCGGGCGAAUAUCGGCAACGCCAAAAUCGAGGGUUUGCUCAAGGACCUUCACAUGACAGGCACCGAAUACAACAUUGCGUUGGCAAUCUUCUUCAUUCCAUACACCCUUGCUGAGAUACCAAGUAACAUGAUCCUCGACAAAUUCAACCGUCCCUCGGUAUUCAUGGGCUCCAUCGUAACUGUCUGGGGUGUCGUCGUGAUGUGCACUGGGUUCGUUCAAAACUUCGCCGGUCUAUGCGUGACAAGAGUCUUUCUGGGUCUUUUCGAAGCAGGGUUCUUCCCAGGCGCCAUUCUCACAAUCAGCAAAUGGUAUCUGCCACAUGAAAGUCAGACCAGGAUUGCGAUAUUCUUCACUGCCAGCGCUUUGGCUGGUGCGUUUUCUGGCCUGCUUGCGUACGGCAUUGUCAAGAUGGAUGGAGUUGCAGGAUACGAAGGAUGGAGAUGGAUUUUCAUCCUCGAAGGUCUGGCUUCUGCAGUUGCAGGUCUGGCUUGCUUCUGGCUGCUGAUCGAUACUCCUGCCGCGUCGACAAGGUGGCUGACAGCUGAAGAGAUCCGCUAUCUUGAGCUGAGGCAGAUCGCUAUCGGAAGAUUCAAGCCUGCUGGACACAAGGAGAAACACUUCGACAUGCGUGUCUUCAUGACGGUCCUGAAAGAUUGGAAGAUUUACCUCCUUAUCCUUGCCUUUUGGUCUAAUGUCACACCAAACUACGGGCUGAAGUUCACCAUGCCUCAGAUUAUAAAGAACAUGGGUUACACAUCGGCGAAUGCCCAGCUGUUGACAAUUCCGGCAUAUACAGUAGGCGCAAUCUCAGCCUACAUCUUCUCAAUCAUCUCGGAUCGUUUCAAAUGGCGAAUGCCAGCAAUCGUCCUUCCGCAGGUAGCUGUGGUGAUUGCUUACGCGAUAUUGUCCGCAAAAGCCGCGGAGAUCAAGAAGAACAUUGCCUUGUGUUACUUCGCUGUGUGCCUUGCUUGUUUUGGGUUGUACCCAAUCGGCCCUGGCGUUCAGGCAUGGAAUAUGAACAACCUUGCAGGUCCUUCCAAAAGAUCUAUCGGAAUUGGUUUUAUGACCGGUAUUGGCAACAUGGGAGGUAUUACCGGAUCCUUCAUAUUCAUAGACAAGGAGGCGCCAAAAUACCCCACUGGUUUUGGUAGCUCAUUGGCGUUUGCUGCGGCAGGUAUCGUGGCUUGCCUUCUCCUUGAGUUCCUGCUGUGGAGAAGCAACAAGCAGAAUGCAGAUUUCACCGAAGACGAGAUCAGAGAGCGAUUUUCUGAUGAAGAGCUGGACAAGAUGGGUGACAAGAGUCCGCUGUUCAAAUAUACCUUGUGA